AUGAUUCCAAUUAAAAACCAGCCAACUUCCGAUGAAUCGAACCACCCACAAUCAGAACUACCAAACGACAAGAACCAGACGAAACCGGAUGAGAGUGGAAUUAUUAAAAGAAAUCAGGAUGAUAAUAAAGAUCAAGAUGAGUUAGUCACGACAGUCAAGAAGAUCGAAAAAGAUGAUUUGGGAGUGGAGAACUCGACACCAGUGGGGAGCAAUGAAGGCAAACAAUGGACAUUGCGGACAGAGCUCCGACCCCUCCGCCACUCCAUCGCAUCCGUAUUGUCUCCAAACUAUUCCUCAAUGACUUCAUCACUUCCUUCAUCAACGACAGAUUCACAUUCAUCUUCAAUAUCUGUUGAACUGGCACUGGAAUUACUUAACCUACCGAUCAGCAAUGAAGACGAUAUGAAUGCCGAAAGAAUUGUGAAAGAAAUAAGAGAGUGGCUCUCAUUGGGUCUCUGUUCUCAAGAAUUCUUUCCUUUUUAUAUUCUCAAUGUCGAUGAAAUACGAUUCGAUGACAUCAUCACCUAUCCACAAGCAUAUUUCUCGUUGGCUAGUGGACGGAAGCUAUUCGUCAGAAUGUAUAAUUGGUUGAGGAUAAGUGAAGCUUCGAAAAUGAAGAUACUGACAUUAGAUCAAUCUACGAAGAUAAUUAAAUUGGAGGACUACUCAGUGGACCAACAGGACCAACAACCAGUGGGCGGAUGCGAUAAUCAAGAACGUGGAGUUACUGGAGAACUCAACAACGUCAAUCGUCCGAUGCCCUCCUCAUCACCGUGUUCUCCCGUCUCGCCUUCUCUUUCACUACCGACAUCAUCCAGUACUUCUUCAAUGUCUGCCGAACAGGCUCGUGAGCUUCUGAGUACACCAAUACCCGAUAACGUCUACCUGGAUACCAAGGACAUUGCCAGACAAAUGAAAGAGUGGUUCACUCUGGGAAUCUGUACCCAGUCCUUCUUCGCUGCCAAAAUUCUUGGUACACCGCGCAAUCGAUUCCACACAAUUCUGACAACUCCACUACGAUUCAAAAAGUUGAGGAAUGGAAAGGAAUUGUACAUCAAAAUGUACAAUUGGUUGAAGAUGUCAGAAGAUGUGAAAAGGGAAAUCUGGUCGGUAGCUGGAAUGAACGAUGAAAAGUCAAAGAAGAUUGUCCAAGAGCCAGAAGGCGAAGAAGAGGAGUACGAGUGUCCAACGGAGAUCUCGAAGAAACGCGAAGUUUCACUCCUUUCGGAGACAUCUCCGUCGAUUACCGCCGAGACAUUCAAUGCAAUCAUCAACAAGAAAAUCAAUUAUGUUAACACCAAAAAUAUCUCUAUUUUGAUGAAGAAUUGGCUCCAGAGAACUCAAGCGACUCAGAGGUGGUUUGCCAAAAAAAUCUUGGGAAGAAGCAGAAAGACACUCGGUCAAUGUCUGAAUAAGCCAAAGGACUGGAAAGAAUUGAGCCAAAAGAGGAAGAUCUACGUGAAGAUGUACAAUUGGAUGUGUUUGACAGAAGAGCAGAGACUCAAGAUGAUGAAAGUUUACAAGGCGCCAAACAUGAAAUGCCAGUAG